AUGAAUGACUUCAGGAUCCAGUCUGUUCUCAUCACAGGAUCCAGCAGGGGACUAGGACUAGAAUUUUUGCAGCAAUUCCUGAAGAGCCCAGAUCCCCCACAGAAGAUCUUUGCUGCUUGCCGGAAUCCAGACGGACCACAAAGCCAGGCACUCAAGACCUUGUCUGAAAAACACCAAAAUGUCAUAGUUGUUCAAAUGGAUGUCACUGAUCCUUCAAGUGUUAACACAUCUGUAAAAGAAGUGGAGAAACAUCUAAAUGGACAACGUCUGGACCUGCUUCUCAACAAUGCUGGAGUUCUGACUCAAAACAGCUUGGAGACCCAGACUUCUGAGGAUAUGAUGAAUGUCUAUAACAUCAAUGUAGUGGGACCAAUGUUGGUGACCCAGGCAUAUCACCGACUGAUGAAAAGAACAGAAGGCACGGGGAAGACAGCCAUUGUCCACAUCUCUGCAUUGCUGGGAUCUCUGGAAGAUGUUCCUAAUCUAUUCACUCAUUUUCCAGUUAUUUCUUACCGCUGUAGUAAGGCAGCUCUAAACAUGCUCUCAAGAUGCCAAUCAGUGGGGUACAAGCAAGAUGGUAUCAUCUCAAUUGCUAUACACCCAGGAUGGGUGAAGACAGACAUGGGAGGUGAUCAGGCACCACUCACAAAAGAAGACAGCGUUGGUGCCAUGAUGAAAAUCAUCUAUUCCCUGAGUGAGGAAAAAAGUGGCACUUUUGUGGACUGGGAAGGAAAAUCUAUUCCAUGGUGA